AUAUUACUUAGUACUUGGAAACUAUAUCUGGGGAUUAUUUUUCACUCUAAAAUUAUAAAAAUAUCUUCGUGACGAGAGUUGAAGUCGUACUCACCGACAACAUUGAAUUGUUGCUGACAGACGACACAGUAGAGGUGAGCGAUGGAUCAGGAUCGGCCAUGGAGUCGAGGACGUUCUGGAUGGGGUAGUGAAGGACUUGGUCUUAGGGAAGGUGCUGAGGGCCAUUCCCAGUCUCCAAGAAGAAUGUAUCAUUCUGGAGCUCAGUCUCAUCAUAAAUAUUUAUCAAAUAGGCCUGUAUGGGAUGAUACAGUUCAUGAUUUAGCAUCCAUGAGAUUAACGCCUGCUGAGCUGGCACGAAAACUGGCUUCCCGUCAGUCCUCCAACUUAGUAUUAGCCCGGGCUCAACUUCUUGAACAAAGUAGGCGCCCAGGAUCGCAUAAUCCAAAUUUACCACCAGCUCUAGCUGCCAGACUUCAAGCAGCACGACAACAAACUGUUGAUUCAGUUCUGGCCCAGUCAAAUGCUAUGCUGCUGGCCUCUCAGAAGAUCAGACAAGGCGAACAAGUGGAGCAUGAUCAAGAAUCUUCACGGCAGCACCAAAAUCCAGGUGCUCAGCAGGAUGCAAGCACCACUGAAAAUAUUAAACAGGAAGGCAUGUCAGGUAGAACAACACCACAGCCAAAAGAUUUGGUGAAGAAUGCUGAAAGUCACAAAACCACCAAAUCAGCUCCAAGCCCAGUUCAUGUGAAAACUGUUAAAGAAGAUAAACCUGGAUUAGGAUCAGGAGAUUCUGCGGACAAAAGCUCAACACAAACAACACCCAAACAUCCACAGAAACCAGCCAGAAGACUAUCUGCAGAUAGUGCUGCUACAAGGACAAGUCUAGAUCAUACAAUCACAAUGGUUGUUAAUACUUGUCGAGAGUUGUGGCAGCAGCUUCAGGAGGAACGUGUAACCAGAGAACGUCUCCAACAGCAACUUCACCAACAAGGGAAUGUGAUCACCACUCUCACUUCUGAGUUGCUCCAGAUCCAAGACCAACAGGAAGCCAUUCUUCGAGAGCUCCAUCAGCUGCUGUGAUGUCUUUAUUGACAUUCAGCUGUGUACAUCUACAAUAGUUCGAUGGAAAAGGCCCAGAUCUGAUCAUUUAGUGUUGGUAAAAUGGUUUUGGCGUUGAAGUCUUUCUAUAAAACCUGCAUUGUCAUUUUGGAUAUGGUUACAAUUUUUGUAAAAACAUACUUGCUGUACUUCAAAAUACUUGGUCUAGCUAAGUGGUUUUGUGUCUUGUCCCUUCAUGUCCUUCACCCUUGAUAAAAGGUGUUUGUGUACCAGUAAGAUGAGCAUCUCACCUAUGCUUCCCACAUGUUUAAUAUAUUCCUGUAUUUUCAUCUUGUGCAAUAUAUAAUCUCAAAUUUCCUUGCAAUUUAAUUUUUUUUUAGAGAUGCAUGUCAAAUACUAUCCUUGCAUAAAGCCUUCAUUCUUAUCAGUUACCCCAUGAUACUUUGGCACAGACACCUUCCAGCAAAAGGGAAAAGGUGCACAAUUUUAUAUAUUGUAUGCAUAUGUAAAGGAUAUGAAAGCCACCUCAUUAAUGUUGCACACAUGGAAUGAUACAGAAGAGGUCAGCUGUAGGACUUCUCCCAUCAUUUUAGGCUAUAUGAUCUCUUCCUUAUUGAAAACCCAAGCAUUCUUAAUCUUUAUCACGCAAUAAGAUUUGAUCAGUCACAAAUGCUAAACCCUUUCUGAUAUGAAUGGUUUAGCAUUGAUUACACUAAUGGAUUGGAUCAAGCACACGAUAGGCCAAAUUACAGCCCACCCUCAUUUCCUAGAAGGUUUACCAUGAUAUUCUUGGGCAUCAAAUAAACCACUGCCUCUGUUCACCAAAAGUAAAGCCUCUCUUCAACAACAUUACCAAAGUCCAUCAUAAGUAUGAAACCCCAUACCAGAAUGGUCUUUAGGGUUACCUUAUUUAGAAGACAUCCUUACUGCAAACAAUGAAAAGUCUAUCUGGUAGUAGGGAUUUAAGAACUAGCUGUUAAUGGGGUAAUUAUACUCUUAAAAUUUAACAUAGGUGUUCCAGUGCUUUACCGGUUCAUUGCUUGUUCUCUUUGAUAAAUUUCUUCAAAAAUUUUAACUCAUCAUUAACACAGUUCUUGCCUCAAGUUCCUUACUCUUUGCACAUGUUUUGUAGGAGGCCAUUCUUUCAAAACUGAGAUGGAUUUGAGUUAAUAUAUAACUUUGUUAUAUAUUCACUGUGUGGGAAAAGGAUGCACUUCUCCCUUGUAAAAAAAUAUAUGGGACUUUUCAAGAGGGUUAUGAUAACCGUUCAAAGAACAAUACCAAGAAAUCUGUUAAUUUAUUAUUAAUCACUUGUAAUAUUUUAACUUUUAUCAAACCACUGAGAAGUAAAUAUGAUCUAUAUCGUAAAGUGCAUAUAACUGAACAUUUAACACUCAAAAAAUUUCAUUAAAGUAAAGGACAGCAUGAGUAAAAUGUUAGGCACAAUGAACCCUGAAAAUUAUCUAGACGAAAAGAGAGAAGCACAAGAUGUUAGGAGGGUCCUGCAGUCAUGAUUUUGAAAUUAUUGCCACCCUUAAGCUAGGUGAUCUGAAGCUGCAAUGUUAACUUACUUUACUGUAAAAUUUAACUCCUUGUGAUAAAUUCAUUACUUUAAAUCUCAACUUUGGCAAUAUAUUUUGUAGAUUUUCCUAGUUUCAGUAUUUCCCGAUAAGGAAAACACAUUUUCAACUUCAGCCCUCCACUGUUUAUAAUUGAUAGUAAAUAAAGAAAUUGCCUUUGUAGUUGGUAUAGCUUACUGUUGAGAACAUUUGUGUAAUCUGUAAUUAGUACUAUUUCCACAACUACUGUGGUAUUGUUUAAACCUGGAAGACUUGAAGGUUUUACUACGUUUACAGAAAGAGUGUGUAUUAUUUCGUGUUUUGAUGUGUAUGCAGAGAAUAUAGUGUUUUAGUGUAGAAUUUUGGUAUCUAUAUAUUCAUAUGAAUAUACUGUUGUGACAUGUACCGUAUAGAUUUUCCUUUUAAUAGUAAUUUAGUAAUUUUUUCAAAUUCUUAACUUAUAUACUGAUGAGGAAUUUUAAGUUAUCAAUAUUUUUAAUUUAUAAUAAUACUGUGCUGAUUUACAGUUAUUAAUCUCAUUCACAGAUAUUUACUGUUGUUAAUAUGUAGACCUAUAAGACCUUUUUAGGUCACAGUGUACUCCUUUGUCCAUUACUAUUACACCAUUUAUUCCAAUUAUAUUGUUCAUAAGUACUGUACUGAAUAGCAAAACCCCAAAGGGCUAAUACAUAUAUGUCUCCUUUAAACAGUACCAGUAAUCAAACUCCUUGAAGCUUGUCAGUUCGGGCAAUUACUUAUGCCUUAAAUUUUAGUAAAUAUGGAACAUGGUCUUAAAACUAUAUUUGUUAGUUUUUGUAGGUACCUAUAACCAAGCUUGUAUGCGCAGGUGAAAGUUUUAUUUUCUUUUCUUUUUUUCUAGAACUCGUGUAAAACCAGGCUUCAUACUGUUACUGUUUGUACAGUAUUUAGUAUUGUACUUGUUUAUUAUAACAUAAGGGAGCCUUUGAAGGUGAGAAGUAAGUUAUUUUUAUUUUGAUGGAUGUGAAAAUGUGGAAUUUCUUCCUAGGUUUUAUGGUAAGAAAUUUUCCAUAUUAUUAGUGCAUUUCUAGCCUCAAAAUCAAACUCCUAUUCAAUUUUUCUAUGAAUCUUCUGAGUAAGGAGUCUUCCCUUCAUAAAACUGUUAUAAAAUACUCAUUUUUAUUUUCAUAUAUCACAGUAUCCCAUUUGUUUACUGGUGCUACAGAAAAAUCUCCUUCAUAAUUUGUCCAGACUGAUGAUAUAUGUUUGUGUACAUUCUAGAUCACUAAAUAAAUCUGUUUACAUAUCUAUUCCAGUUUCAGUACUAGUGUACUAUGUAGUAGAAAAAUUUCAGUGCAGUACUAACAAGGCUUGUUAUGUAGGUAAUACUCAUGAGGUAGUUUGUAUUUUUAAAAACCAAAUUUCUGUAAUGUUUGAAGUUAUUUGUUCUUCCAAUUUACAAGGUCAAUAACAUUUUAAAUUAU